AUGUGUGUCGACAGUGCCGAUUCCGGAGACGUUUUGGUCUUACGUCUUUCGGGCUUGCUUCUACCACUCCAGGAGUGAUGAAGGACUGAGGUCUACAUUGUGCAAGCACAAUGCUCAAUUUUGUCGAGAGGGAAGGUGGUAGUGGAUUAGCAGGCUACGAUGUGGUUUGCAGUCUCUCUUGCAGCCUAUGCAACUCUCUACCACGUGGCCUACUGGAAAGCUUGAAUUUGCACCAUGGUUUUGCCAGUUGAUGCCAUCGAAAGCUUUGGGGCCUCGUCGUCAUUUUCUUUGAGUUGAGUGUUGACCUUAAAAACUCUUUUGAGUGUGGAAUUUGGGUCGCUCAAGACAUGGGGAUCAAAGAAGACGACGACGAUGAAGGAAAUGUGAAGAAGUACAUCGGCCGGACUGUCAAAAAGUAUUUUAAAGGGUAUGGUGAGUUCUCUGGGGAGGUUAUCUCCUUCAACAAGGCUCGCAAUUUUUUCAAGGUGAAGUACGCCGACGGCGAUAGGGAAGAGCUCGAUUUGUCGGAGCUGAAAGCCAUACUCGUGGACGUAGAGACGAAGGCCGUGAAGGAAAAUCCGAAGCUGAAAGGGGCAGCUAACGGAGGUGGACGGAAACGGAAGCGAGACCAACCUGUCAAAUACAGGAAGGGCGUUGUGGAGAAUGGACCGACGGAUAGGUGCAAAGAAGUUUCACAGAAUGCAGAAGUUGUUUUUAAGGAGGAAGUCCUGGGCAAACCACCGUCUCAGGAUUCGCAGCCCGGCAACAGCAUGGUUCCGAACGGGGUAGGUGCCGAAAGUCCCAAGAUUCCUGGAGAAGGUACUCAAGUAGACUCGGAUCGUCCCCAGGUUCAGACGGCGAUCAGCAUCAAUGGGGUUGUUCACGUUGAUGAACCGGCUGACAACCUCUCUGAAGGUAGAGGGAAGAAGAGGACUGUAGAAUGUGCUGCUCCAGUUGUAGAGACUACUCGGCCCACUCGCAUAAAAAAACGAGCCCGAGAUGCCUGGUCUUCCACUCCUGCAGGGCGCCAGAGAAACACUUCAGAUCAAUCUGGGCAGCAUCAGGCUGGAUCAAGUGUUGUUGAAGCUAAGCAGCCAAACGGUGUGAUCCAAAACCUCGUAGGUGCUUCUUCAUCGCUUCCUCCAGCAAUACCACAAUCUGCUGUGUCUGUUCAUCAGGUUAGUGGGGCCGAUUGCGACCAAAGUAUUGGUCAGACAUCUCACGGGAAGAGCUCAGCUACUUGUUCAGAGAUUUGUGGCCCAAAUUCCGUUCCUCUGGUUCCCAACCCCCCGACCGAGAAGCAGGUGGAAACCGUUGCAAAGGAUGUUUACAGCCUUCGAGCCAUUCGAGCGAUCUCGAGGUCUUUGCCCGUCCAACGACAAUUGGCCACGGCAGCAGCUGCUGAGGAAUCCGAGGCCACCGAAAGUGAUAUCAACCAUGUGGUUCUACCGAAGGAGGAAAUUGAGCCUGAAAUCCUCCCAUUGAAGGACCCAUUACCCGCUUCUUCCUCUACUUUGGGUCCUAUAGAAGAUUGCGUUGGCGAUCUUUUUCAAGUCUACAGUUUUUUGCGCUCUUUCAGUCAUGCGCUCUUUCUCAGCCCUUUCGGUUUGGAGGAAUUUGUUGUUGCGCUUACGUCUACUUCUGUCAGCCCCAUGCUGGACUGCAUUCACGUGAGCUUGUUACAAGGUUUGCGUCGUCAUCUGGAAAAGCUGUCCAAGAACAGCAACAAUUCUGCAACGUUCUGCCUGAGGUUGCUGGACUGGACCCUUCUCGACAAUAUAACCUGGCCAUCCUUUCUUAUGGCUUAUGCGCUCACUCAGGGUUUUUUAGAGGAGCGUGGAUGGUCCUUUCAAGCUGGCCUGAUCAGGAUAGAUUACUACAAGUUGCCUGCAGACAAAAAGUUGGCAUACCUAAAUUUCCUUUGCGACAAGGCCAUGGAAACCGAAGAUGUGAGAGGAGAAAUUAACCGACGUAUUUCUGCAGAGAACGAUUCAGAGAUUGUUGAAACCAAAGCGUGCAAUUCGAAGCGUCCUGAUAGGAGAAAUAGGGAAGUCUUGUCUUUGGAAAACGAGUUUGAAGAAGAGUUUGAGAGGAUGACUCGUCAGAAGCGAGAGUCUCUCAGUCAGAAAGCUGGAGUUCAAGGGUUGGUACCAGGAAAGACCACUCAGGCAGGAGAACCUAAACACCUUGAACGUGGUGAGGACGGAAAUCUAGACGAAUGUAUUUUAUGCGGCAUGGAUGGAGUUUUAAUUUGCUGUGAUGGAUGCCCCGCAGCUUACCACUCUCGUUGUGUGGGGAUCACCAAACAAGGACUCCCACCAGGAGAGUGGUUCUGUCCAGAGUGUCGGGCUGAUAAACUAGACAGUAAGGGUGUCCGUAUCCCCAAAGGUGUGAGAGGUGGAGAUUUGUUAUUUGUUGGUGCAGAGAACCAACGAUUCUUCGCAACCUGUGGCUACCUCUUAAUAUCAGAGUCAAGCUCAGAUACCGAUUCUUUCUACCGGUACUACAGCCCGGGGGAUAUGCCGAGGGUCGUGAAGUAUCUUGAAGAUGCGGGCCCAAGAUACGCCCCACUUCAAGCAGCUGUGCAGCAGCUAUGCCAGCCGGAUCUUGACUUUUCGUCAGCCGCAAAUCAACCAAUAUUAGCUGCCCAAGUUUCUGGAUCUAUCUCCGUCGAGGACAAGAAGGGUGAUUCGCCUGUCGUCGCCGACAUAGAAGGGGAUCCGAAGUUAACGAGCGGCACGUCUCCUUCAUCAAGUCCCUCGGUCCCUCUUGUUAAGUUGGAUACAGCCGCUUGCCUCGAGCCGCCUAUCAUCUCCGGUAUUGAAGGGACACCUCAUAAAGAGAAUCUCCCCGUUCAAGCCGAUGCUAAUGCAAGUGAUGUUGAUCUGGCUGUCACUCCGAAGGUAGACCCGGCGAGAGAUUUAAGCAAUGGUGAAGGCGCACCUGAGGAUACGCUUGAGCUUCGUGCCAUAGAGCAUUCUCCUGAAGGUGCACCAAAUCAACGGGCUGAACCACACUCACCUCUUCGCACAGGUGGGGCUUGUGGUGCUCAAAUGAACACGGAGACUGUUACAGACGUUGCCUCUGGAGGCGACAUGCACACACCAUUCAAUGGAUGGGGAGAGCUCAACAUUGAGCAAAAGGAUGGAGUAACUGAUUCUGGGAAACCGAUCCCUAUCGCGCACUAUAUGUAUGCGAAGCUUUUUCCUCGACAAGUCGAGAGUAACUUCUCAUCGCUGACUCAAAUCAAUGCAUGUGCGUACAUCAAUAAAUAUACGAAUGGGGAUAUCGUUUUUACUGCUGCGACGUACCUAUCUGCUAUGGCUAGUAAUGCGGAGGAUGCUUCAGAUGACAAAGGAGGAUCCCAGAAGAAGGUCAAACCUUCGAACACUGCAGACCAAUUGAAAGCUUUCUCUCAGGCUGCCCCUAAUUUCUUCUGGCCGAGUCUGAAGAAGAGAGCCAUGGAAGCUCCGAAGGAGAAAUGUGGUUGGUGUGUUAAUUGCAGGACACCAAAUCGCAAGGGUUGUCUGCUUACUCAAGUGACAGGACAGAUUUCUGGGGGUGCUGCAGGAGUAUCUGGAGGAAUAAAGCCUAUCAAAGGACCUCCUGGUCACUACGCUGCAGUUGCAGCGUACAUGUUGUACAUGGAAGAGACUCUACAUGGUCUGUUAGAUGGUCCCUGGGAAGUGGCUGGUUACAGGAAAGCUUGGCGUAAACGUGUUGAGCAGGGCAUGUCAAUCGAGGACGUCCGACGGGCUCUUCUAGAAAUGGAGUUUAACCUUCGUAAGAUUGCUCUAUCAGCGGAUUGGGAGAAGGUUGUGGAAGAUGCUCCUCCUUUUAUUUCCAAUUAUGUGAUAUCCGUCAGUGGAGCUGGAGCUGCUGGGCCGAAGAAGGGUGCUCCUAAAAGGCGAGGUAGACCACCAACUGUGUCGAAAACUCCAGCCGUUUUUGCUUAUGACGGAGGUUGUUUUGGAGUCAAGUGGUGGAGAGGUGGUAAACUCUCUCGACAAGUUUACAACUGGGAAAGUCUUCCUCGGGCAGCAUUGAAGCGUGCCGCACGACAAGGUGGGAUGAAGGAAAUACCCGAACUAGUGUACUCAAAGACCUCAGAUCUUCCUCGAAGAACACAACUACAAGCUUGGAGGGCGAAAACAGAGAAGAUUUCUGCAGUCGCUCAACUCGCUGUCCAGGUGAGAUGCUUGGAUAAGUACAUUAAGUGGACUGAGAUCGUUUCUCCGUGGGAUGCAUCUACCCACAACAUCAAAUCCUCAGUCGACAAUAAGAUGACCAAAGCUGAGAUCUUAUCGAAAUCAGAAGAAGAUGGUUGUAUAAAGUAUCUGCUCUAUAUUCCAAAAGAUGGUGCGGAUGUCAGUGAUUCUACUCACCAACAACUUGACCUUGCGAAUGGCAACGCUACAAGCAAGAAGGUGCCAUCAGCAGGUUCUAAAGAAGGAGGCAGUGAACAAUGGAGUCUGGAUAAAGAUGUGCCACUGUGGUUGUUGAAGGACUACGAGCAGAAAAGACGCAAGUCUCAACAUGUGAAGCUACACAAAUCUGUGAAGUUUCGUAAAUUACAAACGCCUGUUGUAGAGAGGAAGCUUUCGUUCUGGGACAUGAUAAGCGAUCCUCACCUAUACGAUUCACACGAGCCUUUGAAACUGUCAAACUGGAUAUGUGGAUUUUGUCAUCUCAGCUGCUUGAACAGCCAAUCUAUUCAGUGCCAGCGUUGUACCGAGAAAUUCCACAUCGCUUGUACAGAAGUCGAAGAAACCAUCGAUGGACGCGACAAAGUAGCCGUUUGUAAGAGUUGCGCAAAACUUCGACUAAGUCAGCGGAACCGGAAGCCCUCGUACAAGAUACGCAGCAUGCAAUCUCAUUAUCCCGAAGGCAGUUUUGUUGGCGCUAGCAAAGGUAUUCCAAUGGGAGAUGCAGAUGAAGUGGGUGGUAAAUCUGGUUCCAACUCAAAAUCGUCAAGGAAGAAGGAUAGAGGCUCUUCUAUGGCUAGCCACUCAUCUCCGGAGAAGGAUGAUUCACCUCAAGGAAGAAGGAAGUCCGGACAGAGGAGGAAUGGUCUCCUAAGUGGAUCUGAACAUGAGUCUUCCGAUUCUGAAGAGAGAGAUUCUGAGAAGAGAGCCUACACCCGGCUUUCAGCAGAUUCCAGUCAUUUGCUAGCCAAUAGUCCAGGGAAGGGGGGAGGAAGAAGUAAAUCCGGAAGGAAAUUGAAGAGCCUCCAAGCUGUUGGAAGGGAGUUGCAUCUUAGUCCGGAUACGGUCCAGGUAGAAAGGAGAACCUCAUCGAGGAUCAAGAACAGUAUGUCUCCUAGUAAAUGCCCUGCUGUAAAUGAGGAUGAACAUGUGAAGGUCAAAUUGAAAAUUGGAAAGAGUCUUCCAAAUCACACUCCUGCCGUGUCGAGCAAAGAAGAUGAAAAUCGGCUCGCUUCUAAGAGGAACAUGGGAUUGUCCAAAGACGGUGCCCCAUCCGAAGCAGAAUUUUCUGAGGAUGAUUUCGAGUUUGCCCUCACGGACAAAAAGAAAUCCCCACAAAAGCGGAAAAGGUUAAAAGUUCUUCUGAAGGGUCUGCCAAUAACAAGCGAAGAUGCUGAUAGUCCUAACCCUCUUGUUCGGAACGAGAAGAGGAAGGCCAGCAACGGAUUGCAGUACGUUCGUCGGAAGAAGAAGUCUGAUGAGGAUGUUGCGAGGUUUCGGCAGGAAAGAUUGGUGUUUGCGGGUCACGUGGACAUAGAUCCGAACAAUGUGCCACGAUGUUCUCUGUGCUCUGAAGGUUACGAUCCUGCCUACUCCUUCAUCAGUUGCGAGUGGUGUGAAGAGUGGUAUCAUGGAGACGCAGUAGGUCUGACACAAGAAGAUGUCCCACUCCUUAUGGGGUUCAAGUGCCACAAAUGUCGUAAAUGUCGAGCCCCUUCUUGUCCGAUCAGCGGCACACGACAACGACCUGCAGCGAAGCUGACGACCUCACUGUCUUCAAUAGGCGAGCAUAAUGUGAAUCUCUGGGCCAGCAAUACUGGUUCAGGUCAGCUUGAUCUGCCUAGUGACUUUUCGUCACCGCUAGAUCUGUCAUCCCGGGGUACGGCAGCCCUAUCUUUUACUGAGCUUCUAGCCUCAGAUGAUGAUUAUCUGGAAGGUGUUGCAGGACCUGAAAUCCCCUUAGGAACUGCAUGGGUAGAUGCCCCAGUCUCUGCAUCUGGAGUUGCUUCAGGUGCCGCCGCUUGGUGCGGAGCUGAUGGAGUUGACGAAAAUUUAGCCGGAGCUGCAGAAUGGAAUAACAGAAGUGCAGGCCUAGCAGGAACUUCGGGAGCGGGCGCAAGUGCUGACUGGUCUCGACGCGAAACAACACCAGGGUCCUCUGAUUUGGACCCUGCCGUUGGCUGGACUGCAGCUGAACGGCUUGCAGUACCCACUGGAGUCGGCCCAGUUGCUGGUUGGACUGGUGGAGAAGGAUCGGCUUCGAUGGCCCCGGGAGCAAGGUGGGUUGGACCAACGGAGGACUUACCUUCUGCAGCUACUCCAUUGGCCCCCGACGCCUAUGGAGGCGCUGCUGCUUUCACCAGUGUACAAGAAGGACCUGGCCGACCAUCUAGUCUCGUAGCUCAGGUACAAGCAGAUCCAGAACCUUUGCCACAACCGGAAGGCAAAGAAUCAGAGGGUUCGCAUGAGCAAGGAGUCGGUGAAUGUUGAAUAGGUAGCAAAUAAUAUUGGCGUAGGAUUACAGUUAGGCAAGUGUAUAGGUGCACGUCUAGGAUUGUCCCUCCGUUUUUUAAUCGUAAUACCUCAUAAGGAGUGGCACGUUCUUCAACUCCAACCUUGUUAAAAUUAGACCUAGUUUUUCCCCUGCAAAUGGGAGCAAAAAAUACUGUAGUUUAGUCUCACAUUUAAGGGCAUACUAGCUUCCCAGUGAUUCAUCGAUUUGCGGAACAAUUCUUUGGUAAUCAUUCCCUGGAACAUUGCCCAGGUCCUUCUACCCGUUUCUGAGUGGUUUUGCACGAUGUUAGUUGUGUCGGCCAUCAAGAUGAUUGCCUUUACGUCAUACCGUCACAAAAUCUCCCCAUCAUCUCCAGUCCGGGACAAUGCCACACCUGUCGGGCUUUGCCUUAGGAAAGCAAAAUAACAUGAACAUGAUGUAUUACUUCUUG